UGCAGCCCCCAGAUCUAUUACGACCCACCUAACCACCGCACACGGAGGCCUUCGGAAUCCUUGCCUGAACACAUACUACACAGCGAUUCCCAUGGAUCCUGCGGAUCAAUUCAGCUAUUUGUUCAAGUUCAUUAUUAUCGGAAGCGCCAGCGUCGGUAAAACAUGCUUACUGCGGCGCUACACUGAAAGAAAGUUCGUUCCUAAUAUGCCGCACACCAUUGGUGCAGAAUUUGGAAGUAAAAUAGUUUCUGUCGGUGAUACGAUAAUCAAGGUACAGAUCUGGGAUACUGCUGGCCAAGAGCGUUUUCGGUCCAUGGCGCGAUCCUACUACCAUGAUGCAGUUGGGGCUCUUCUUGUUUAUGACAUAACCAACCGUGAUUCUUUCAUUGCCCUAUCGCACUGGUUGGAUGACGCCCGGCAACUGGCUUCCCCGGAAAUUGUUGUGAUUCUCGUCGGGAACAAAAUCGAUUUGCAGGACACCGAAGGGCAGGUAACUCAUUGGGAGGCGAACGCUUUUGCCGAGGAGCAUGACGUUCAUCUGAUAGAAGCCUCUGCCCUGACUGGGGAGAAUGUUGACGAAGCGUUCUUGCAGUGUAUCCGAACAAUAUUGGCGAAGAUCAAAUGCGGUGAUCUGGACCCAGAUCGAUUGGGCUACGGUCGGCAGCGUAGUGUGCUCGGUGGACUUUCCAGCAUUGAUAGGCCUCUACCUCUCGGCGUCGCAACUACCAAAGUCGAAACAUAUCACAAUGACUGUAAUUGUUGAUGUUACUAGCUCUCCGGCUGCUUUUCUUGCGCUCAUGAUGUAUUCAUGAAAACCACGCUUUCCCGGAAUCUUGACUUCUGACAACAGUUUAUUUUUUUAACGUUGAACAAUCCAGAAUCCUCUCUUUGUUUCUGAGAACUCUGGUCACACGACGUGCUUUUCAUUUUUGCUUUGGCAUUUCUUGUUUCCACAAACUCUUGAUAGUUGUUGCUUUUUAGUCCUUUUAUUUCUCGUACUGUUACCCGACUUGUCGAAUUCUCGUUGUGUCUUGUGACGCUGCACACACUCAUUGACCGGUGCCACACAACCAUUUAGUGUGGGAUAUCGAUAACGUGGAACUGGCAGCAUUACUUCGCCAGAUAACUCAAAAGUUUACCUUCAUAUUUCUGCAUGAUCUCUUGUGGUCUUUCAUGUUGUACUCGUUUGAGUCGCGCACUGGCACAUCACAGAUCUGCUAGCACUGCUAUUUAUUGCUUGCCUUCUCUAUGUACUUCUUGCUAAACCCAUCGGCAUUUUAUAACAUUGACUAGUGUUUUG